AUGGCAUCAGCACAAGUUUUGGAGAAUCUCAUUACACUCAAGGGAUCGACUGAGAUCGUGACAGAAUUCUUUUCGUACAGUAUCAACACUAUUUUGUACCAACGUGGUAUCUACCCUGCAGAAAGCUUCAAACAGGUUCAGAAAUAUGGAUUGAACAUGCUAGUGACGGAUGAUGAUAAGCUCAACGACUUUUUCACUAAAUUCCUCCACCAGCUGUCGAAUUGGCUGCUACGUGGUGAGGUACAGAAAUUGGUGCUGGUCAUUACUGGGAUUGAGACGCAGGAAGUACUGGAGCGGUGGGCGUUCGAAGUUCAUUCGGAGAACGGCAAAGGCGAUAGUAGCACAACUGCUUCUAAAUCCAAGAAGGAGAUUAUGGCUGAGAUCCAGGCAAUCAUUCGGCAGAUUACAGCAAGCGUGUCGUUUUUGCCUCUUUUGGAAGAGCAAUGCGCAUUCGACCUGUUAGUAUACACCGACAAAAACUCUGAGGUGCCUGCACUGUGGGAAGAAUCAGACCCCCGCUACAUUAAUGACUCUGCAGAAGUGCGCUUGCGUUCGUUCUCCACAAAGGUUCAUAAAGUCGACGCGAUGGUAGCAUACAAAAACCCUGAAGCUGACAUUUAA